CAAUGCUGUCAAGUUUUUACUCCGCGUAGUCGUGCACGUGUUUCUCCUCGGCUAAUUUUAACUGCUAUAGUACUAUACUGUUAAAUAUAGUGUAGUGAUUGAAUAUACUUAAAUACUAAUUCAAUACACUAGUUCACGUUCGUAGAGUGUAUAUAUAACAAUGUAAAGUUAAUACAAAGCGAUGUCCAAAGAAGGUUAUAGCCCAGAAAAAAAAGAAGGUGAUAACAAAGUAGUUUUAGAGAGAUUGCAAAACUACUUGAAAGACAAAAGGACUUCCGAGGCGUCAGACCCGAGUCUCGGGUUCAACAAGCCGAGUACCAGCUACGAUCAGUCGCCACAAAGUCUCCCAACACUUGAAGACAGCAGCAACAUAUUGCGUGAAGUUUUGAAUCACAAGAAGGCAGAAUUGCUGCGUCAGCCGGAGAUAGUAGAGUAUUUAAAGUCAAUAUCGUCGGAUCUCAAGAAGUAAAGAUGUCGGGAACUCCGAAGAGCGUCGCCGCAUCUUUGAUGCAAAAAACUCUUGAUCGGCAGGCGUCUUUAGCGCGGAUGAGUCUGCGCUUUAAAAAGAAUCAAGUUGAGCAAAUUUUGGUGCAAUGCAUUAGAAAUAAAAACACUGGGCCUUACCUGGAAUUGGUAAAAGUUUUAAGAGAUUAUCCUUUGAAUGAGGAUAACUUUAGGAUAGUGUUUGAUGAUAGCCUGUCUUGUGUUGUGUUGUUGGGGCGGGAGCUUACUCAGUAUGUGAACGUAGUGUGUAGUAUUGAGUGGUUGGACAGGAGUGAGGAGUUGGUGGACCUGUACAGGACAUUUGUGCUGAACCUGGUCACGGCACACACCUACCACUGCCCCAUAGUCAUGAUGCGGCUAGUCACACUAUUCAAAGGAGAUGGAGAAAACUGGGAAGAUAGUCCACCUUCUGAACUUCUUGUCAAAUGGUCUCAUGUACACGACAUUAUAGGACGAAUAGUCGCCAUAAUGCCUAUGACAAGUGAUCUUCUAAUGCACAUAAUGAUAGAACAGUUCCCGUACUACAAAGCAGGGUGCUACACAAACAGAGCAUAUAUAUACAAUCUCAUAUGGAUGAGCAAGUACCUCCCUUCCCUCCGAGAACAGAUCAUGACUGCUGUUAUUAAUAAAAUGAUAAGUAUGGACGUAAAUAUCGCAGAAUAUGAAAAAACUAAAUCAGACACAAUGUUUGACAUGGACGUAGAUUGCCAGGACGAGGUAUCAAUUACCUUGGAUUAUUGUAUGCUGGAGGUCCUCAAAUGGCUGGAGGAUGAAAGGGAACCUAUCAUGAACAUCCUAUGCACUGUCUUCGAGAGGAUCAUCUUACCUACAUAUGGCAUAAGGCACGUCCAGUUCCUACUUCUAUACACAAUAUCAAUAAAUCAGCAAUGUGCCGACCGUGUGCUAGACAACCUUUGGACCAUAGCUGCUGGUCUCCAAGGCAUAGGACCAGGUGCCCUUACCACAAGAAAAACUGCUGCCAGUCACUUAGCAGGACUACUCGCUCGUUGUGUACGGGUCCCUAACACAAGACUUAUUAAGUAUUUAAAGAGUAUGGCAGAAUGGUGUCACUCUUACAUCUCCGCUACUCAGGAGUCAACUGCAGCGUGCGACAAUACCAAAGCCCACGGCGCAUUCCACGCUAUUUGCCACGCGAUUUUCUACCUUGUGGCUUUCAAACAUCAUUUGUUGUUUACGAGUAAAGAAAAUGUUAACUUCGUGGAAUCAUUAAACUUGCCACGUUUGGUGACGUGUGCACUGAAUCCACUUCGCACGUGUCCCCCUCAAGUCACGAGGGCAUUUUCUUCCAUCACGAGGUCCCAUCAAGUCGUGUACUGCCAGGGCAUCAUUGAGAAGAAUGCGCGACAUACGCUGCAGUCGACAGCUGUGCAACAAUACGACGAGUGGUUCCCAUACGAUCCAUAUAAUUUGCCUAUAUCCGGUAAAAUAAUAUGGCCGCUAUGUAUAGACUACAAGGACUGGCUGAAAGAAGGUGAUGAUGAAACUCAGUACUCAUCUAUGAAGAGGAAAUUAGAAGAAGACGAUGAUUAUUUAGUCAUGGCCAGCCCCACGCAAAGGCUAGCUACCUCAUUGUCCCACGGUAUCUCACCAGGUUUCAGAACUAGUGAGAAUAUAUUUAUAUAAAUAUUUUAGUGAAUAGAAAAUAUGUAUGUUACUCCAGUUGCUAAAUCGUUAGUAACAAUUCUGAUCUUAUUAUAAGCAAUCUUAGUACGUAAUGUAUAAAUAUAUGAAUUGUUUUCACAAACAGUAGGUGAUUUUAUAUACUAGUUCAAGUCUUUGAUUCUAGUUGUAAAUUAAGUGUUAACAUAUUUUUAAAUCCUGAGUGUUAUAGCAACCUGUUUUAUACAAACAUACUAUUUGUGAAGCAACUAUUUAGUAUAGUGCCCUAUAUUCAACCCAUCGUAUGUACAACAAUUUUUGUUAAGUGAAUCUGUUCAAAUAACAAAUAUCUUUAAGUUGAACUCAUAAAAAUAAACUAUAUUUUGAUAUUUAGUACAAUUUGUCUGAUUGUUAUGUAUUGUUACAUAGUUUAAGGGACUGAUGUACAUUUUAUUCAAUGCAUUAAGAAGCUUCAUAAUAAAGUUUAUUUAUUGAUUCAAGA